AUGUCAAUCACACUCGGAAGCGUACUCAUAAGCGAUCCUGUGGACGUGUGUUGCGGAGAGCUGCUUGCUCGCAACGGCAUUCCUGUCACCAUCAAAUACAAGCUGUCGAAGGAAGAACUGAUAAAAGAGCUUCAGAAUCACGAAGGGCUGAUCGUGCGAUCGGAAACGAAGGUGAACAACGACGUGUUUGCUCGAUGCCCAAAGCUGCGUGUCGUCGGCCGAGCAGGUACUGGCGUCGACAACAUCGAUCUUCAGGCUGCCACGAAGAAGGGAGUCAUCGUGCUGAAUGCUCCCGGUGCGAACAGCAUCAGUGCUUGCGAACUGACGUGCACGUUGAUCUGCAAUCUGGCGCGAAACGUACCUCAGGCAGUUCAGUCGCUGAAGGAAGGACGAUGGGACAGAAAACUGUACGCCGGUUUCGAGUUGUCGGGGAAGACACUUGCGGUAGUCGGUAUGGGACGCAUCGGUCGCGAAGUGGCUCGAAGGAUGCAAGCGUUUGCAAUGCGAGUGAUCGCGUUCGAUCCGUUGCUCACGCAACAGGUCGCCGAUGAGAUUGGCGUGGAGAAACUCUCUUUGGAUGAAAUAUGGCCAACAGCCGAUUACAUCACCGUGCACACGCCGCUUAUUCCACAGACGAGAAAUCUGAUCAACGCUACGACGCUGGCGAAAUGCAAGAAGGGAGUGUACAUCAUAAACGUAGCUCGCGGCGGUAUCGUGGACGAAGAGGCAUUGCUGAACGCGUUGAAGUCGGGCGAUUGCGCUGGCGCAGCUUUGGACGUGUUCGUCGAAGAGCCACCGAAGAACCCAGUUACUCUGCAGUUGAUCGCACAUCCCAAAGUCAUUGCUACUCCUCAUUUAGGGGCAAGUACCGAGGAAGCUCAGCAGCGGGUGGCCGAAGAGAUAGCCCAACAAUUUCUAGCGUUAUCCGGCAAAUCGACGAAAUACGCGAUUACUGGGAUCGUAAACGCGCCGAUGUUGCACGCAGCGAUCGCAUCGGCUGAAAACGCAUCGUGGAUCGAAUUGUCGAAGAAGCUGGGCCAACUGAUCGGUCGAUUCUUAAAAGGGAAGCUGAACGUAACUGUACACAGUGAAAUAGUGGGCGGUGCAAGCAUGCGAGAAAAAUCGUUUGUUCACACGGCCGUUCUCCUCGGAAUUUUAUCUGGCCAAACAAAGAACGGUUUGAACCUGAUAAAUGCACCUGUACUCGCUCAAGAGACAGGCAUCGAGGUCAAGGAGAGCCACGAGGAAUCAGCCGAUGUCGAAGCGAUCGUUGUCCAGGCCAAAGAUCAUUCGAUCAAAGGAAGCAACAUUUCAGGAACUGUCCGUGACAACGAGCCGCUGUUACUCUCGCUUGAUGAUGCACGCUUCGCCAAUGGAAUUGCUCUGAGGAACCACGUCUCCUUCUAUCGAACGAACAAGGUCCAACAUCUAGCGCAAAUCGUCACCGCCUUCUCUACCAAAGGCAUCAACGUUUGCAACUUGAGUGUUAACGGAAGCUGGACGAUGAUACAAACCGAUGAAGAAGUUUCCGUGCGUGUUAACGGCAUCGAGUCCUUCUGA